AGCCAGCAGGCGAAGUAAACGAGGAGAGGACAAAUAAAACCAGAUUUUUUUUUUCAAAAAAAGAAAAAAAGAAAAAAGAAAGAAGAAAGAGGUAAUAGGGAAAAACUCUGCCUAACUGGUCUUUAAAAGUCUAGAGAAAGAGACAAAACAUAGAGAGAAGAGAGAGCAACCAACAUUACAACAACGUUAAUAGAGAGAUAGAGAGAGAGAAAGAGCAUAUCAAUCAAAUUCAUCAAAUCUUUCAUUCUUAUAUUCUCUUUCUUUCUUGGUUUCAUGUUUUCAGGGCCUUUGUGUUGAAUCUAAUCCAAUCUCUGCUAUCUUUCUCAGCCAUCUCUCCACAAGCAAUAAGAAGAAGAUUCCAUCCCAAUCUUUUCUUAAAGACUACCCAUAUCUUCUUCUUCUUUUUUGUCAGAAGAAAAAAUAUACCAAAAUCCCAUAUUUUGCUGAAGAAGAGAUUCCAAUUCUGCUGGUUUUUACCCCUCGACAUGUCUUGUUGUUUCAAGGAUUGAUUGAAGUGAGAAGCAACUGUUGGAAUGGAAGGUGAUAUAUGUUCGGGUUUUGGUAAUGGAGGUCAAGUGGAUGGCAAGGUUUUGCAAACAUUUCAAAAGAGUUUUGUUCAAGUUCAAGACAUCCUAGACCAAAACAGGCUGCUAAUCAACGAGAUUAACCAAAACCAUGAGUCAAAGAUUCCUGAUAACUUGAGUCGGAAUGUGGGGUUAAUUAAAGAGUUGAAUAACAAUAUUAGAAGAGUAGCUGAUCUCUAUGCUGACCUCUCCAGCUCUUUCACCAGGUCGAUGGAAGCUUCGUCCGAAGGUGAUUCCGCCGGGAUGUACGAACCUGAUGGAAAAGCUAGUCAGAAGAGAAUUAGAUCUGGGUAAAAAUUUGAUCAAACUGAAACUUUUGGCAUAAAUUAUGUUCCCUUUCGCUGUGGAAUAAAGGGAGGGGGUGUUUUGAUAUUUUAGUCAAGCGAAAAAAAAGAGGAAGUAUUCUGUUUUAACUCUUUCAAUGCGAGUAUGAAAUGUGUUUUGAGAGCUUGAAGCUUCAUCAUAAUAAUGUAUCACUAUGCUGCCUUGUGGAAAUCAAGCAUUAUCUUUGUUUAACAUCUGCAAA